AUUGAUCAGCCUGUGAAGGCGGUAGUCGGUCUUAGUUGCAUUUUUUUGUUUUGUUUUGUUUGUGUUGUGUUGUGUGUUUUUGUUGUGUGUCAGUCACCAUGCACGUGGAGGAGCUGCGCGCCAGUCUGCAAAGCUUCGGCUGGCCGGACUAUCUGGUUUUCUGCCUUAUGCUGGCCAUAUGUGCAGCCAUUGGCAUACACUUUUGCCUGCAGCUGCGACGCGAGUCCAAAGCCCGGAUUAGUUGUGGUGGUGAUGCGACUGAGGCGGCCAAUAGUGCAGCUUCCUAUUUGGUCGGCGGCAGAAAGAUGAAAAUAUUUCCAAUAACAAUGUCACUUAUAUCCAGCUUUAUUUCUGGCAUUACGUUGUUGGGCACGCCAACCGAAAUCUAUUUAUAUGGCGCACAGUACAUGUACAUUAUGGGAUCACUUGUGCUCAUGGGCUUCUGCAUGUAUUACUUUUUUCUGCCGGUAUUCCAUGAGCUCAAUCUCAUAUCCACCUAUAAGUAUCUGGAAGAGCGCUAUAAUAGAAGUUUACGUUUCUUUGGCUCCAUAAUGUUUAUAGUGGCUUCGUUACUGUGGCUGCCAAUUGUGAUUUAUGUGCCGGCUAUAGCCUUCAAUCAGGCCACUGGCGUCAACAUACACAUUGUCACACCCAUUGUGUGUCUCGUCUGCAUCUUUUACACUUGCAUUGGCGGCCUGAAGGCAGUGGUCUGGACUGAUGUCAUCCAAACGCUGAUUAUGUUUGGGGCCAUGACACUGGUGCUCGUCAAGGGCACUCUGGACAUUGGCGGUCCGAGCGUGGUGUGGCAACGUGCUCGCGAGACGACACGCCUAGAAACACCCAAUUUCAAUUUCGAUCUGACCGAGCGCUACACCUUCUACUCGCUGGUGCUGGGCGGAGUGGCGCAUUGGCUAAAAUCGAAUGCCAUUAGCCAGAAUAUGAUCCAGCGAUAUUUGUCGCUGCCCACUCUGAAGGAUGCUCGCAUUGCGAUCUGGACAUUCAUUGCUGGCGUCUUGACAUUUCUUCUGAUUUGUGGCUACACGGGACUGCUAAUUUAUGCUACCUAUGCGGACUGUGAUCCCCUGGAGACGAAGCUGGCCCAGCGCAAGGAUCAGUUGCUGCCACUGUUGGUCAUGGAAACGUUGGGUGCAUAUCCGGGACUGCCGGGUAUCUUUGUUGCGGGUGUUUUCAGUGCUGCCCUCUCCUCGCUCUCCACCGGCCUCAACUCGCUGUCGGCUGUGGUGCUGGAGGACUUUGUGAAGACAUUCCGCAGCGCACCGCUCACUGAGAAGCAAACAUCGUUUGUCAUGCGCAGCGUUGUUGUAGUCUUUGGAGCCUUGUGUGUGACACUAGUUCUGGCUGUGGAGAAACUCGGCUCAGUGCUGCAGCUAACCAUAACACUAUCCUCAGUAGCCAAUGGACCGCUUUUGGGUAUUUUCACGGCCGGCGUUAUGAUACCUUGGGUAGCCGCCAAGGGUGCAUUGCUUGGGGGCUUCAGCUCACUGCUGCUCAUGGCCUGGAUGUGUGUGAGUGCGCAACGGGAUCUGGUCACUGGAACUUUGGUCUACUCGCGCAAGCCAUACUCUACAAUGGGCUGCAACUACACCUAUGGGUCUGGCGAAAUACCGCGCAGCUUCAACACCUCACCACUCGAUGGCAUUGUGAGCCAAGCUGCUGCUCCCUUUGAGCUGCAUCGCAUUUCCUACUUGUACUUUACGCUCUUGGGUGCUCUGGUGACCAUUGUGAUUGGACUGAUCACCAGCCUGCUGUUGGGAGAGACCAAUCUUGAUGCAGUCGAUACGCGUCUACUGACGCCCUUCGUGCGGCGUUGGCUGGAACGACGUCGAGCAAAGAGCUCUCAGCUGCCGAAAAAGGAACGCAAGACGGCGAUGAUGGCGACGACGGCGACGUGAGUGUAGUUUCUUGUACCACAGAACAGCAGUUCCUUCUCUUCGUUAGCUUAGUAAAUAUUUCAAAUAAAAUAUAAUUCAUAAUUAUGUA